GGCAGUUUAGCAGCUACUCCCCUUUGUGUCUGGACUGAGAAAAGGGGAGCCGCUGCCUGCCAGCCAGCCAGCCAGCCAAGCCAGCCAAGCCCAGCUGCCGGAGGCGGGGAGGCGACGCGACGUUGAGAAUCCCCCUGCACGGAGCCUUCGUGGGCAGCCGACUGCCCGGUGGGGUGGAGGAAACAGGGCAGGGUCGUGAGUUGAGUGAAGGUGCAUGAGGGCGAAAGGGUUUGGCCUCCGCGGGAGCGCUUGUCACGGGGUCCCUCCCGGCUUCGGGCAGUUGGCGAACCGGCCUCUUGCGAGGGAAGGGAAGAGGGUGGAAGAAGUGGCUCUCCUCUUCCCGCUGGGGCCCAGAAAGGAGGGAGGGGGCAGACGGGAAGAAAGUGCAUUUUUCCAAGGGCUGCCUAAGAGGGAAAGGCCUUUUUGCCGCCGGGGCUGCUCGGAGUCAGGAACUGCGAAGCCCUGAUUUGCUGCUGCUGCUUUUUCAUAGACUUCCAGCCCUUUUCCUUGGUUGGAGUUAUUUCCUUUUCCGCGGACUUGCGUGCGUGUGGGUGCGCGUGUAAAGCAAAGUGGACGCCGAGUGUGUUAAAUUUAAUUCGAGGCUGAUGACACGUAAUGGGGCAAUGGGCCCUUAAAAUUCCCUGUAAAGAGGAUGACUUAUUUCUAACUGACAGCAAAUAGCCCUUAAGAAAGAUACAGCACAAAAGAUUUGGAUCCUGUUUUCCGUAUCUUAAAUCUUGGCCUUUAAAUCCGUCUACAUCUGCCCUUUGGUGGUGACAAUCGAUUAUUUGUGUGUGUGUGUGUGUCCUUUUCACCUCUGGAUAUGAUUCAUUUGAAACCUGAGUAGUGUGGUGACCCUCUGAAGAGACAUGGGAAUUAAUUUCAAUAUUACAAUAAUGACCAUCAUCUUAAGAAAAAGAACAUGCAUGUCGGUUUGAGAAAAGCUCAUCUUCUGAGGCCAAGCCUUGAACCAUGAAGGCAGAUUUGUUUAAUGGAGUAAAAGCUCAAACAGCUCAUCUUAUUUACCAAUUGCCCUUUCAGACUGGAUUGUAAACUGAGAAAUUAAGACUCUUGGAAGACAAGAUUUCCUCCUGUCAGCAUUUUUUUAAACUAUACACAGCUGGAUUCCUCCAAAUAUGACUGACUUGCUGCAGCACCUUUUACUGGUGCUCUUGUUCUCCAGUACCACCUUACAACUCAGCAUUGCGGCUGCUGCGCAAGGUGAAGAGACAAAAUGUGCUUUUAGAGACUCCUACCAAAAUGAACAUGGAAUUAGUGAAAGUCAGAUUUCUCAAGAGAAUGGUACAGUUUUAUGUAUGAAAGGAAGUACCUGCUAUGGUCUCUGGGAGAAAACCCGAGAAGGAGAAAUACGUCUUGUAAAACAAGGAUGUUGGACUCAUAUAGGAGACCCCCAAGAGUGUCAUGCUGAAGAAUGUAUAGUAACAAACACUCCUUCCUUGAUUCAGAAUGGGACAUACCGUUUCUGCUGCUGUAGUACCAACCUGUGCAAUGUCAACUUCACAGAGAACUUUCCACCACCAGUUCCUAUAGAUCCAACACCUUCUGAUCCUCCUCAACGUGAUGACACAAUUGUAAUAAUUCUGGCAUCGGUAUCUCUACUGGCUGUUUUGACGGCUCUUUUUUUCUUUGGAUACAGGAUGAUAGGAGGGAUCCGUAAAAAAGGCCUGCAUACUAUGAAUAUGAUGGAAGCAGCAGCUUUAGAACCCUCAUUAGAUCUGGAUAGUUUGAAACUACUGGAGCUUAUUGGACGAGGGCGAUAUGGAGCUGUAUACAAAGGAUCUUUAGAUGAGCGUCCAGUGGCUGUAAAAGUAUUUUCUUUUGCUAAUCGCCAGAAUUUUAUAAAUGAGAGAAAUAUUUAUAGAAUACCACUGAUGGAACAUGACAAUAUUGCUCACUUCAUUGUGGGGGAUGAGAGAUGCACUGCAGAUGGACGAAUGGAAUAUUUAUUAGUAAUGGAAUAUUAUCCCAAUGGUUCUUUGUGCAGAUAUUUGACUCUCCAGGCUAGUGAUUGGGUGAACUCUUGCCGAAUGGCGCAUUCUGUAACUAGAGGCUUGGCAUAUCUUCAUACAGAAUUACCACGAGGAGAUCAUUAUAAGCCUGCCAUUUCCCAUCGUGAUUUGAACAGCCGCAAUGUAUUAGUAAAGAAUGAUGGAACAUGUGUCAUUAGUGAUUUUGGCCUUUCCAUGAAGCUAACAGGGAAUAGACUGGUGCGCCCAGGUGAAGAGGAUAAUGCUGCAAUUAGUGAGGUUGGGACAAUUCGCUAUAUGGCCCCUGAAGUGCUGGAAGGAGCAGUAAAUUUAAGGGACUGUGAAUCAGCUUUGAAGCAAGUCGAUAUGUAUGCACUUGGUCUAAUCUACUGGGAGAUUUUUAUGAGAUGUACAGACCUCUUCCCAGGAGAAUCUGUGCCAGAGUUCCAAACAGCAUUCCAAGUAGAAGUUGGAAACCACCCCACUUUUGAAGAUAUGCAAGUCCUUGUUUCUAGAGAAAAGCAAAGACCAAAAUUCCCAGAGGCCUGGAAAGAGAACAGCUUGGCUGUAAGGUCACUGAAAGAGACAAUCGAAGACUGCUGGGAUCAAGAUGCUGAAGCUCGGCUGACAGCCCAGUGUGCUGAAGAAAGGAUGGCUGAACUCAUGAUGAUUUGGGAGAGGAAUAAAUCUGUCAGCCCAACUGUUAACCCUAUGUCUACAGCUAUGCAAAAUGAACGAAACCUGUCACACCAUAGACGAAUGGCAAAGACCAGACCAUAUCAAGAAUAUUCUUCCUCAUCUUUCAUUGAGGAUUCAAUUAAUCACAGUGAUAGUAAAGUGAAGAACAUUUCAUCUGAACUUUCAGUGUCCAGUACACCACUGACAGUUGGGGAGAAGAACAGAAAUUCCAUUAACUAUGAGCGGCAGCAAGCACAAGCUCGUAUUCCAAGCCCUGAGACAAGCGUUACCAGCUUGUCAGCCAACACUACCACCACCAACACAACUGGCCUUACUCCAAGCACUGGCAUGACUACCAUAUCUGAAAUGCCUUAUUCAGGUGAAACAAACAUUUGUGCUGCAAAUGGCAUGCAAUCAUGUGGGCCAACUCCUGUUUGUCUGCAACUAACAGAGGAGGACUUGGAAACUAACAAGCUGGAUCCAAAAGAAGUAGAUAAAAACUUAAAGGAAAGCUCUGAUGAAAACCUGAUGGAGCAUUCUCUGAAGCAGUUCAGUGGGCCAGAUCCACUUAGCAGCACUAGUUCCAGUUUGCUGUACCCACUGAUAAAAUUGGCAGUAGAAGCAAAUGGACAACAGGACUUCAUGCAAGUUGGAAAUGGCCAAGCAUGCCUAAUUUCAGAUGUUCAGUCUGCUCAGGUCUACCCUCUUCCCAAACAGCAGAACCUCCCAAAGAGGCCUACUAGCCUACCCUUAAACACCAAAAAUUCAACAAAGGAGUCUCGGCUGAAAUUUGGAGGGAAGCACAAAUCAAACUUGAAGCAAGUAGAAACUGGAGUUGCCAAGAUGAAUACUAUAAAUGCUGCAGAACCUCACUUAGUAACGGUUACCACAAAUGAAGUGGCAGGGAGGAGCCAUACAACAAACUCUCAUACUGUGUCAACACAGUAUGCCAAUGGGACAGUGCCAUCAGGCCAAACAAGUAGCUCAGGAACACACAGAGCCCAAGAGAUGUUGCAACAUCAGUUCAGUGGAGAAGAUAGUCGUCUGAAUAUCAAUUCAAGUCCUGAUGAACAUGAGCCAUUAUUAAGAAGGGAGCAGCAAGUGAGCCAUGAUGAGGGCAUCCUCGAUCGACUGGUAGAUAGAAGAGAACGGUCACUGGAUAACGGCCGGACAAAUACAAACAACAACAACAGUAACCUGCCUCUAGAGCAAGGUGUUUCUACCCAAAGCACUGAGAGAACAGCGCCAACUUCUGGACCGACCCACAUUAAAAGAGCACAGAGGCCUAACUCUCUGGAUCUUUCUGCCACAAAUAUUUUGGAUGGGUAUAAUAUUCAGUUGGGUGAAUCAUCUCUUGAGGGGAAAUCUGGCUCAGGCGAAAAGAUCAAGAAACGUGUGAAAACGCCUUAUUCCCUAAAGAGAUGGCGCCCUUCAACAUGGGUCAUCUCCACAGAACCUCUGGAUUGUGAGAUUAACAACAAUGGGGGUGACAGGGUGGUUAGUUCUAAGUCCAGCACAGCUGUUUACCUUGGAGAAGGAGGUACUGCAACAACUAUGGUGUCUAAAGAUGCAGGAGUGAACUGUCUGUGAAUUGUUUAAAAGCUUACACAACUGACAUUAUUGCAUUCUGUUAAUGAACAUGCAGAAGACAUUUUAUAUUAAAAAAAACUUCCUGCUUUCUUCUGUCAGUACUCCUUACCAAGGACUUGCUUUAAAUAGAUUUCAGCUAUGCAGACAAUUUUUAGCUUAUGCUUCCAUAAUUUUAAUUUUGUUCUUUUUUUUUUACAUUUUGCACUUUUUAUUUAGAAUUGCAAAACUACAUCUGUUCAUCCUUGACCACGGAAUUAUAUAUGUAUGUAUCAAAUACUGUGGUCUCAAAAUAUUUUUUUUUUUAAAUCAAAAACAAGAAAAUGUAUUGCUGAUAAUCAGUCUGGACCAGUUUCUAAAGGUCACUAAACAGCUAAGCCAGUGGACUAUGGUGGCGUCCACUGUUCAUGAUUUGAAUUGUGUGCACAAAUCAUUUGUAUGUUUCUGUGUAACAAGAGUGUAUUACUUUCAUACUUUCUAUUUUACACCUAUAUUAUGUUGAAAUGUGCAAUAGUCUGUAGUUCAUAAUAUACUUUGUGUUUCCAUUCCUACAAUACAUUCUUCUUUUUGGAGUUAAAAAUGUCAAUAGCUGUGUUUAAUUUGGUAAUUUGGCAGCCAGUGGUUUCUAACCAUGAACUCUGCAAGCAUAAUCACCUUGAAGUAACUGCUUUUAUCUACCAGUAUAUGUGCUCUAAAAUUAGAGUUAAUGCAUGAUUUUUCUCCCUCCCUUGACUCUUUUUUUUUUAAAAAAUGAAAAGAACGAAUCUUUUAUCUUUCAUACUUCCAAAUUAGAAAUUUAAUUUUUCUUCAUAAUGACUGACACAGGUUGGGAAAAUUUUAAUCAAGAAAGUGUUUAAGAAAUGUAAGAAAUCAACAGUUAUCUUCCUGAUUAGUGUGAUACUAAUUAAAUGUAUUUUCAAUUAGGAAAUUUACAGGGUAAAGAAAAUUCUACCUUGGAUAGGUGAUUUAUGGUUUAUUUUCACCAAGACAAGAUGCAUGUGAGAAUUAGAAGUACAAAAACAGAGCAGAACUGUAUGGCAUGGAAGGAAGAGAGCAAAGAUAAAAUCUCUUGCAUAUGCUUAUGGGUGGUUGGAUGUAGCCCCUUAUGUGUGCAUUUGUGUGGCUGGCUGUCAUUCUUAUUGUAUAGUUUAUGCAAUUUGUCAGUUAAAUAUAGUAUUUAUGUAUAUUUUUCCUUAAUGGAUGCUUUUGAUGCUUGCUGGAAAUACAUUUUUGUCUCAUCUUUGUAAUUUACCUUAAACACAUUGUGUACAGAUUGUUUAGGCAUAUUUUUAAGUAGAAAAGCUAAAACCUGGAUUAAUUUGCUCGCUUUCUAUGCCUUGGUUAUCGUCACAACCAAAAUGAUCUACCUUAGUAUUGACAUUAGGUUGCCUGCUAUAUCUGAUUGGCCCUAUAAGAGUUUAAUGAAAGGAUCCAGUUCUUCUUUCAUUAGUUAUUCUUCUAGAAUAUGAUUUAUGCUUAUCUCAAAAGCCUAUAAAUCUUUGGUUGUUCUGACCAGGAAUUUUAGAAGCUGCUUCUGGAAAUCACCCAAUAAAGUCAUAUUGGGUCAUAUAAAAGUCAGAUAGAACAAGCAUGUCCAACCUGCAGCUUUGGACAGCUAGUAAUGAGCCCCACAAGAUAUAAUAAAAAUAUUAAAAAUAAAGGAAGUUUGUUAUUUAUAUACAUUAAUUACAUUAUAUAUUUACAUUACAUUAUUAUAUUUUUUCACCUUUUUAAGGCCCACUUUAAAUAAUUUUAAAAGUCACCUUUUUCGUUGAAUUCUAUUAUUUACUGUCUUUCUAGAAGUAUGUUGCCUUUAUUCUUACAGUCAUAGCAUACCUACACCUUGGCUGCCGGUUUUCUUAGGACUUUGUCCUAGAUUCAUGCAAUAACACAUUUACAAAAAGUUGUAGUCCUACCAUAUUUCAUUCAAGCUCGCUUUUUAUUGUACAACUAUUCAUAGAAUUAGAUUUUCUUAUCAACAUUUACCAUUUGAGUUACACUGAACUGUUCUGGGGAAAAGAGGGGCAAAGUCAGCUUUCAUGGUGAGCAGUUUUACAUGCUUGAAUUUGUGGCUUGCUUAAAUCAAGCUUUUCAAGGCAAGUUUUGAGAUAUCCACCUAAAUUGCUGUGCAAUCCCUAAAUCAGCUUUAAAGAACAAGUUUAGAUAUUUUUUUGGUGGAAAAAACAUUGUAGGAGCUCCUACACUGAUCAAACUGAUUUCUCCAGGUAGCAAUAUUCAGGCCAAGAGGAAAUUUGAUUAGUGGGACUUAAAUACCCUUCCAGCUGCCCCAGAGUGCUGUACUCCAAAAGGGUAUUAUCAGAAAAGGAAGCUUUAUUUUGAAAAGUGAAUUGCCUAGAUGUCCUGAAUGGGCCCAAUCCUUUUAUACUUCAAAUAUCCAAAGGGUCAGGGAAGAGGUUUAUUUCUAAAUUUUCUAAAUUUUCUUUGGGCAGAUGCCUCUCCCUACAUCCCAAAAACAGGAAGCAUGAGGUGUUUUCUUAAAUAUUUUCUAGAGUUUAUUUAAAUGUAAAAAACUGCUAAUUAAAAAGAAAGCAGAAGGAAAUAUUGGUGCAAAGAAAAGUCUCUAAAAGUAAUUCGGUUCCAUUUUAGAUCUGUUUGGUAUUAAGUGUAUCAGAAUAUAUUGACAAUGAUUGUAGAAUGUGGCUAUUAUUUCACCAUGUGUCAUAUCGAUAUAGUUCAAUGGCCUAAGUUUAAAAGUUAAAAAAUAUAAUUUAUAAUAUGUUUCCAAAAUAUGAUGUAUCAUAGACAUUUUGCUCUUAGUUAAUUUUGCACAGUUAUAGAUGUGAUUCCUUAAAAUUAUACUGCUAGCAAAUGAUCAGUUGCAAGUGUUUAUUGAAAACAUACCUCCCUUUAUCAAUAUUUUGAAUUAGAAAAUGAUGAGGUACAUUAUUUGCCAUUUUGUAAGAACAAAUUUCCAAAAAUGAAUAAAAUGGUGCCAGAAUUCCAUUACUUAGCAAAUCAAAGACAAUUUAUUUUUCUAAUGUGGCAGGCUCAUUGUUUCACUAUAAUUUCACCUCCACCCCACCCAUAAUAUGAUGCAGGGGAAGGAAAAUAGUGCGCAAGUUAAACAAUUGCACUCUUAUUGUAUAAAUUGUAUAAUAAGUGAAGAAUUUUUAAAAAAAUUAAAGAUAUGUUAAUUGCAUUUUAAUUCAUGGAGAACAAUAUUAAAAGCAUGUAUUUUGUGUUAGAUAUAACAGACAGGAUAAUUCAGGCUACCUUUGUUAUCAUUUGAAAGUAGAAAGUUGUUCUGCUCAGUAGUCACAUUUAUUUGAGUUGAAUGAACAACAUAAAAUGCAUAAAUGCAAAAUUCUGCAUUGUUCCUCAAAAGCUGUUGUAAUCAUGAAUACCCACACAUUGUUGGGAGGAACUCAAAUUAGAUUCGUGCUUGAGAUAGGAAUUUUUCAUCCACAUUAUUUGCAAUAUUCUAGCAGUAAGUCCUUGCACAUCUGCUGCAUCUCUAAGCACUAUUCCUUAUGAUGUAUUUUUCCCCAUGAUUGUUUUUUAACAAAACAGAUUAAUAUAAAGGUUAUAGAGCCUAUUUCAUCAAAGGAUUUUAAUGAAGAACAAUUUUUUCAUUUUUACCAUACUUGUCUUUUAUUACUUUUUCCAGUUAAUAGCAUUCAGUUUUCUAUUGCAAUUUUUAAAAUAUUAAUUUUAUUAGGAAAAUAUGUGAUAUAAAGAAUAGUCUAAAUACUUUUUAUUUUUCCUUGGUAAUUUGAAAAUAUCUGAUAAACUUACAAUUAAUUUUGAACCAUAUAUGAUCAUCUAGCCUAGACUAAGUCAGUAAUUUCAUUUAAUUUCUUUUUUGCAGAGGAACUUCAUAUGUGGCUUUCAUCUCUUUCCCCUAGGAUGUCAAACUCAAUCGCGUGACAUAUUUUGAUGUUUUUCCCCUUUGCUGGAGUGGGUGUGGCCUGCACAUGACACAUCUGGCUUGUGGGCCACCAGUUUGACACCCCUGCCCUAGAGUAACAAAAGGAAUUUGAGAAAGCAAUUUUGAGAUAAAAAGUAUUGAGCAAUCAAGUUUAGAUACCCUUGUUAUUGUUUUAUUUUGUUCUUCUACCCUAAGUCCAUUCAAACAUCAGAGUUAAGAUCGUAGCUUGUGGAAUCUCAAUUGAGAAGACCUUGGGAAAUAAGUGAAACCAUAUCUUGCAUUUGGAGUCCAUGUUGAACUGUGACCAGUUUUUAAAAAAGUUUUCUUGGGGGAAUUGGCUAGAUUCUCUGCAAUGAGCCAUACUUGCUAUAACUGCUGCUUUAGCAGCAUCUGGAGGAGGCAGCAGUUGUUUUAUAUUUUUCAUUAAUUGGGUAAGCAUGUGUCAUUUAAGCUGAAAAGGGUUGAACUUAGAGGGUACAGUUUAAAUGCUUGAAAAAGCUGAAGGUUUUUUUGUGAGUUCCAGAGAGCUUCCAUUGUAGCCAAAGUAUUGGGUGCUUCUUGACCAACACAAAAUGAUGUACUUUGAAGCCAAAGGCAAGAGAAAAUAAAAGUAUGAACUCUAGUAGCCCUCAGUGAAUCUUUUCAACAGAUGUCAUUGCUUAUUCCAGUUUCAUCCAUGUCAUUAUUUUGCCAGGACUACUGAAUGCCUAUUGGCUGAAGUGUGUACUUCAUUUCAGGAUGCACUUUUGAGUGGUAGAGGGAAAAUACCUCAAACUUGAGAUAGGCAGUGGUCCUGUAUGCAGAUUUAAACUGAAGCAUUUGCUUUUUCAAGCAUGUCAUUCAAAGUCUUGAAGUGUCCCUGCCCAUUGUGUGCUUGCUUCUGAUGUUUAAGUUCAAAUCUAAAAUUACAAACACAGAUUCAGAUAGAAAGAUUGGCUUUCCUUUGUCCAACAUUGUUACAUUUUAAAGGGGAUCACUUAAAAAGACAAGUGGUUAAAAUGCCAUCUUAAUCAAUCUGGUUCUUAUUUUGUUUUAUAGAAUUUAUUUGGUGAUAUAAUAGUUGGCACUGUUAAAAAUUCUGGUCUCUUAUUUCUCAAAAAGUAAGAAUAUUCUCCUUCCUUUAUAUAAGUUAUGCAGUUAUUAGAUACUUGAUUAUUCCUUUGCAAUAGGGCUUACAAUGCAGGGGUUCUUUGAGAAUCUAUUUACAAAGCUAUUAGACUAUUAGAAGUGAAGCAAAGAUUCUGGGGAGUACUUUAAAAACUACCAAAUUUAUUAUGGCAUGAAUUCAUGGACAUAUGCUACAUAAAGAAGACGACUAGCCUCAUUGCAGGUAGUGCUUAACUUACAACCAUUUGCUUAGCAACCAUUCAAAGUUACUAUGGUACUAAAAAAAAAAGGGACUUGCAACCAGUCUUUGCACUUAUGACUGUCACAAUAUCCCCAUGAUCACAUGAUCAGAAUUCAUGUGCUUGGAAACCAGCAUGAAUUUAUGACAGUUGCAUCAUCCCCGAAUCAUUUGAUUGCCCUUUGCAAUCUUCCCUGCCAGCUUCCAACGAACAGAGUCAAUGGGGGAAGUUGGAUUUGCUUAAUGACAAUAUGUUUCACUUAACUGUGGCAAAAAAGGUGGUAAAAUCACCAGUUUUACAACCUUUACAACUAAAAGUCAGUUAAUCACCACUUUCCUUAGCAACAGAAAUUCUGGUUCCAGUUGUGGCCAUAAGUCGUACAGAGAAAUUAGAAGUAGAGAACUACUUGUUCACAUCCAAAAUGGGAAUGUCUCAGGCUCUACCAUGUAAAUAAAUAAAUAUAUAUAAAAUGCAGUUAUAAAUCAGAAAGUGCCCUCUUCUGACUUUGUCAAGAAAAUGUUUUUUUUUCCAGAUUUUUUUAGAGCACUUAGUUCAGAGUGUUUAUUUUAAUUUUGGGGGAUUUGGCAAAAUUAUAUAUUAUAUAACAUUUGUCUAGUACUAAUAUUAUGGUUAUGGUUUUUCUUUUAGCUAUAUCCCUGGAAUUUACAGCGCUUAGAUUUAUCCAUGAAAAAAUCCAAAUUAAAUGGGAAAGGCAACUAGAAAUUCAAAAAAAAAAAAGAAUGAUUCCAUAUCUAAUUUUUGUCUAUCUUAGUUUGUGUUGGUUACUCAAGAUCAAAUUAUAUCAGUGCUGCAUAUUUGUUUUCUUAUACUGAAGGAAAUGUACUGACCAGCAUGCAAGAUUGAAACACACCUUUCUUUGCUUCAGAUUAAAUGUUUUCUAAAAAAUGUAUUCGGACAAUAGCCAGAUACAAGACAACAUUCACUGAAGCUGAAAUGUGAACCUAUAUAUACCGGUAAUUACAAAAAUACUACUGUACAGUUUUCAAUAACCAAGCACCCAAAUAUUUCUAGAAAGUAAGCUGAAGAAUGCUAGUUGUCAUAUUGUAGUCCUAUUGUACUGUCUCCCACAUUACUGCUGAAAUAGCCAGUUUAUAACAAUUAGUUUUAUUAUUUUUGUAUAAACUACUCCAUAUUUUGCUAUGCUAUUUAAGUUGUGUAUUACAGGAUGUGACUUAAUUACAUUUAUUGGUUUUUUUUAAUGUUUUAUGGAGGCCACUGAGAAAGCUGACAUUACUGAAAGCCACUUUAGAGUUUUCUAUGAAUUCUUGUAACAAAAUGCCUUGUGAUAUAUGAAUCUGAAUAAACAGACUGUUUUAAUGAAAAGAAUGGAUCAGAACAUUUAAAAACUAUCCUUUAGGGGGUUUGUGGAGAGGGGAAAGACUUGCUGUAAAAUUAUGCAUUAAUCCAUUUAAUAAAUAUCACUUCAUGAAAGUA